UAUGACUUCACAUGUGCAUGCUCAGACGAUGCGAGAGGUAUUCCCGAAAACACUUUGAUUAAUUUAGUCCCUAGACAAACCAAAAAUAAGUAACAAGAAAGCCAAAGCCCUUUGUGCUAUAAAACAAUUUGAUCCAGCUCCUUUCUCAUGAAGUCCAGCAGCACCUUGCUAGGCAUGACAAAAUCAGCUGCGACCCGCCCUCUCUUCCUCUUCCUCUUCCUCUGUCUCCUCUCCUCGCUUCCAUUUCUGGCCUCACCGUCACCGACCACGGAGGCACAAGCUCUUGUCAAAUGGAAGAACUCCCUCUCUCCUCCUCCUCCUCCUCCUCCUCCACCUUCUCUGAGCUCAUGGUCGCUCACCAACAUCGCCCGUCUCUGCAACUGGACUGGCGUUGCCUGCAACAAUGGCGGGUCAGUCUCAGAGAUCGGCCUCUCCGGCUCAAGCCUCAGCGGCACGCUCGAUGCGCUCAACUUCACUUCGUUCCCGAACCUGACCCGCUUCGAUGUGAGCAACAACAGUCUCGAGGGCCUGAUACCGUCCUCGAUCGGCAGUCUCUCCAAGCUCAGGUUCUUGGACCUGGGGAGCAAUCUCUUUGAAGGUAGCAUACCGCCCGAGAUAGGCCAAUUGCAAGAGAUUCGGUACUUGAGCCUCUUGAACAACAGUCUCAAUGGUACUAUGCCUUACCAGAUCAGCAAUCUCGGGAAAGUGUGGCACUUGGAUCUUGGAUCAAACUACUUGAAAUCUCCUGACUGGUCGAAAUUCUCCGCCAUGCCGUCGGUGACUUACCUGAGCCUCUUCCUCAAUUCGCUCGAUGGCGAAUUCCCGGGUUUUGUGGCCGAUUGCCAGAACCUGACAUACCUCGACCUGUCACAAAACACAUUGACCGGCAAAAUUCCUGAGGCUGUGUAUGCCAACCUGGUGAACCUUGAAUAUCUCAACCUCACCGCGAAUUCACUCCAGGGGCCCAUCUCAGACAUAUCUAAACUUUCCCGGCUGAAGGAGAUCCGAAUUAGUAACAAUCCGUUCGGCGGUCCGAUUCCUGGAGACAUAGGAUUGCUGUCUGAACUUCAGAUGAUAGAGAUGUACAACAAUUCCUUUGAAGGGGCAAUUCCUAGCUCCAUUGGUCAAUUGAGAAAGCUUCAAAAGCUUGAUUUGGGGACAAACCGCUUGAACUCUUCAAUUCCUUCUGAGCUCGGGCUUUGUUCUAACCUCACUGAGUUAGCCCUCGCCGUGAAUUCGAUCUCCGGGGAGUUGCCUCUCUCUCUGUCCAAUCUGGUCAGAUUGUCAAUAUUUGGAGCUUCGGAGAAUCGCCUGGCAGGUGAGUUAUCGCCUUCCUUCUUCACAAAUUGGACCGAACUUGUUUCUUUGCAGCUCCAGAACAAUUUUCUCUCCGGGAAAAUUCCGCCAGAAAUCGGAAGCCUAACCAAGCUCAAUUACCUCUACUUGUACCACAAUUUGCUCUCCGGUUCAAUCCCUUCCGGGAUCGGGAGCUUUGAGAAUUUGCUUGAGUUAGACCUCUCACAGAACAAUCUCUCCGGCCAAAUCCCUUCAACAUUGUGGAACCUCAGCAACCUGCAGAUCCUCCAGCUUUUCUCCAACAACCUCACUGGGACUAUUCCUCCGGAGGUUGGGAAUCUCACUUCAGUGACCAUUAUCGACCUCAAUACGAACCAGCUUUAUGGAGAGGUCCCCGAGACUAUCUCUCGCCUUGCUAACUUACAGUCAAUCUCUUUGUUCACAAACAAUUUCUCGGGAGGCAUACCACAGGAUUUCGGCAAGUACAGCCCUUCUCUGGGCUAUGUUGGCUUUUCAAACAACAGCUUCACCGGAGAACUGCCGCCAGACUUAUGCAGCGGCUUUGCUCUUCAAUAUCUCGCCGUCAAUGGGAAUAACUUCACCGGGCCGCUGCCCGACUGCUUGAGGAAUUGUUCAGGGCUAAUGAGAGUCCGUCUAGACAACAAUCAGUUCACUGCAGAUAUCUCGAAUGCGUUUGGAGUUUAUCCGAAUCUGGGCUUUAUAAGCCUCAGCAACAAUCAAUUUGUCGGGAAUCUCUCAACAGAACGGGGAGAGUGUACGAAUCUCACGAAUUUGCAGAUAGAUGGUAAUAAAAUCGCCGGCCACAUCCCGCCGGAGCUCGGGAAAUUGUCUCAGUUGCAUGUGCUGACUUUGUACGGCAAUGAAUUGACCGGGGAGAUUCCCAACGAGAUGGGAAAUCUAGGGGAGUUGCUCAACCUGAAUUUGAGCAACAACCAUCUGACUGGAGAUAUUCCCAUCUCGUUAGGAAACUUAUCGAAGCUCAAUCUUCUUGAUUUGUCAGAGAACGCAGUGAGCGGUAGCAUACCGAACGAGCUAGCGAAUUGCAAGAAUUUACUGAGCUUGAACUUGAGCAACAACAAUCUGUCGGGUGUCAUAUCGCCAGAGCUCGGGAACUUGUACACGCUACAGAACUUCCUAGACCUGAGCCACAAUUCACUAGCAGGAUCAAUUCCUUCCAAUCUAGCAAAGCUUACUAAAUUGGAAAAGCUCAAUCUUUCGCAUAACAAUUUGUCAGGUACGAUCCCCGCUGCUCUCACCAGCAUGGUAAGUUUAAGCUCCAUAGACUUAUCGUACAACCAGCUGACGGGUGCAGUUCCCAGUGGCCUCUUCCAACAAGCACAGGGAAGUGCUUUUAUCGGGAAUCCGGGCUUGUGUGGAAACGCGACGGGAUUAUCUCCUUGUGGGGCGAGCAGUAAGUCGACCGACCGAAGGAAAAGGGUUCUGAUUGGUGUGAUUGUUGGCGUCUGCUGCUUACUACUUCUCGUGACCCUUAUUGCUCUGAUUCUGGUGCUUCGGCGGCGAAAGGAGCAUCUCGAUGAAAAGAUCAAGAGUCUUAUAAAGUAUGAGAAAUCCGAGACGAUCAUAUGGGAAAGGGGAGCGAAGUUCACAUUCAAUGACAUUGCCAAGGCCACCAAUGACUUCAGCGAAGAGUACUGCAUCGGAAAAGGUGGGUUCGGGAGCGUUUACAAGGCCGAACUGGCCAGCGGCCAAAUCGUUGCUGUCAAAAAGCUCAACGCAUUGGAAUCGGGCGACGUCCCCAUGGUCAACCUCCAGAGUUUCGAGAACGAGAUCCGCGUGUUGACCGAGGUCCGGCACCGCAAUGUGAUCAAGCUCCACGGGUUCUGCUCCAAGAGGGGUAGCAUUUACUUGGUCUAUGAGUUUGUGGAGAGAGGCAGUGUGGCAAAGGUCUUGCAUGGAGGAAAAGGAGCAUCUGAACUGGACUGGAGUACAAGAGUGAAGAUUGUUCAAGGCGUGGCUCACGCGAUCGCCUACCUGCAUCACGAUUGCUCGCCACCUAUCGUCCAUCGGGACAUCACGCUGAACAACAUCUUGCUCGAGUGGGACUUCGAGCCUCGGCUUUCGGAUUUCGGGACGGCGAGACUCUUGAAUCCAGACACAUCGAAUUGGACCACAGUGGCUGGAUCUUAUGGCUACAUGGCUCCUGAAUUAGCAGUAACUAUGCGGUUGACAGACAAAUGCGACGUGUAUAGCUUCGGAGUAGUAGCGCUAGAGAUUAUGAUGGGGAAGCAUCCAGGGGAUCUUCUCUCUUCCCUACAAACAACACAAGCGGCGGAAGACCCAGAUUUGCUACUGAAGGACGUGCUCGACCCACGUCUUCCUCCUCCGACCGGCCAACUAGCCGAGGAGGUGGUAUCCAUUGUCACGGUGGCGCUGGCGUGCACGCAGACGAAUCCCGAUUCGCGACCCACCAUGCGUUUCGUCGCGCAAGAAUUAUCCGCGCACACUCAAGCUUGCUUGUCCGAGCCCUUAGGCUCCAUAACCAUCAGCAAGCUAUCGAGUUUUCAGAAAUAAAACUUCAAGGGAUAGCGCAAAUCAAAUGAUAUUUCUUUUGUGUUUUCUCCU